CAUGAUGAUGAGGUCCGUUCCGGCAGCUGUUUCUUUAAGACCAUCAGCUGGUGAAACCCCACGAAAAGGAGGAAAUAGGAAGUGGCUUCUGAACUCUUAGCACAAAGACAAGAAACUGAUUUUGCGAAACAUGGCUGGGAUUAAAGCAUUGGUGGGACUGUCCUUCAGUGGGGCUAUUGGAUUAACAUUCCUUUUGUUGAGCUGUGCAUUGGAUCAGUAUGGAGUGUAUUGGCCAUUUUUCGUCCUCAUCUUCUACGUGCUGUGCCCCAUCCCUCACUUUAUUGCGCGGAGAGUCAGUGAUGAUGGGGACUCAGGCAGUAAUGCCUGUCGCGAGCUGGCAUACUUUCUCACCAGUGGUAUUGUGGUGUCUGCGUUCGGUCUGCCCAUAGUCCUUGCUCACGUAUAUGUGAUCCAGUGGGGAGCCUGUGGACUGGUGUUGGCUGGCAACACGGUCAUCUUCCUCACCAUCCUGGGUUUCUUCCUGGUGUUCGGUGGCGGGGAUGAUUUUAGCUGGGAGCAGUGGUAGGGAGCCCCCACCCUAUGAAGACGAAGCUGAAGAGAAGAGAGUGGACUCCCCCCCCCCCCCCCCCCCUCCUCCAGCCCCUCAUAUACAGUGCACUUAGGUGGGGGGAAGGAGUGCAAUGGGAAAAACAAGGCCAAACUGUACUGCUAAUGCAAAUGUUAUGCUUUUGCAGCAGAAAAUCCCCCUAGAAUGGGAAGAGCAUGAGAGGACAUGAAUUCAGAAGGCCAAAAUACAAAUAAGGGAUGGAGAAAGCUGGAUUGAGGCGCACUAUCACAGGGUUCUGCUUGCGUUACGACUGCUCGUAGACAGUGGUCUUUAACUAAGCCCCGCCUUUGUCUGUGGCCGUCUCUUCCACACUCCUCUCUGUACACACUCACACACACACACACACACACACACACACACACACACACACACACAUAUAUAUAAAAAAAAUGGAUGUGGUGGUUACCCUCCACCUGUCAGUCGUCCCCUUUGAGGUCCUCCUGUUUCAGCAGAGGCACCUGCUUUUGUCUCUUGCAAUGGACCAUCUUCAAAUGUAUCAUGCCUCUUUUGAUUUUGAAUGUGGCAGGGAUGGUCAUCGUACUGCUCUGGUGUCUCUUUCUAGCUUUGUAUUGGCGGCUUUUUCUAUGGUUAAGUCCAGAUCCACUCUCUUGCAAUAUGAUUGUUUUUCAUUUUAAUGCGGCUGUGGAUGACUGAAGUCACUAUCAUGCUGAGUUGACAUCAGUCUUGUAAUCAACAUAACCCAUUCUAAUCUCAGCUAUAUUUACUAAUGUCUAAGUGAUUUUCAGGAUUUCUGUAUUACGGAUGAUAUUCCAUCUCACCCCCUUCUAAUAUGGGAGGUUUUAAAAUGUAAAAGUUUACACUACCAUAACCAAAGCUGAUUGAAGCUAUAUUCAUCUGUUCAGAUUUACACUCUUUUCUCAAAUGUACUUUCUCAACACAAUCAUGCUAUAGGAUUUGCAAUCAAAGGGAUUUUCUUUGAUGUACAGCAGGCACCUUUUUGUAAAACUGACAAAGUGAAUAUGUUGAGUGCAUGACUGUCUUUGUUGAAGGCAGUCAAAUUAUAAGAACACUUGUUGUUUUUUUUAUU